GUGUGCGAGAGGAACGACACAUUAGAUAGAGUACUCCUGCGCCCGAGAUCCCAAGAUUCCGCGCCACACGUAUUUCGUUGGGUGCAUGAAAUUUUGAAUUUCAGUUAGAAACAAAACGCGAACGAAGUCGGUCAUCAAGUGUGAGCUCUCAGCGAAAGUCAAUUUUUAUAAAGCCCAUUUCGGUUUCGCCAUCCAACUCUCGUCAAAUUUUGUCGAUAAAAGCGGUAUUUCGUGUGCUGUGUGCCAACGGUGUAUUGUUCAGUUGUUGAUUUUGUGGUGCAUGUGGAGAAUACUUGAGUUUUGAGAAAACCAAGUGAUAGCAAGAAAGGGAAACCAAACAAAAUUACACGGACAAGUACUAUAGGCGUACUGAAGCAAAAGUAAAUCGAGGCAAGGACAAAAGCAACACGAUAUAAAAUCCGUUCGAUUGAGUUAGGACAAAUUAUAACGUGCUUCGUUGGAAUAAUGGCCUAUUCGUGGGACAAUCGCGUUGAUUUUGUGGUGCGUUAUAUGUACGACAUUGACAACAACGGAUUCUUGGAUUCGAAUGAUUUCGAGUGCAUGGCACUCCGUGCCUGUAUCAUCGAAGGCCGAGGAGACUGCAACCCAGCCAAACUGGCUGAAUAUCAGCAUAUAAUGCGCAGCCUAUGGGACGAAAUCAGCGACCUAGCCGAUUUCGAUAAGGAUGGCAAAAUCUCAACAGAAGAAUUCAAACAAGCCGUUCAGAAGACAUGCAUAGGCAAGAAAUAUAGCGAGUUUCCCCAGGCAAUGAAAGCGUUCAUUGAAGCCAAUUUCAAAUCGAUAGAUAUCGAUGGAGAUGGAAUUAUUGGAGCCAAGGAAUACCGCUAUAAUUGCAUUACUCGCAUCGCUGUUGAGAAUAUUCAAGUUGUUGAUGACGCAUUCGCCAAACUAUUGGAUGACGAAGAUCGACGACGGGGCGGUUUGACGUUGGCUCGGUACCAAGAAUUGUACGGUCACUACUUGGGCAACACAGACGAAACACAUCCUGGUGUCUACCUAUUCGGACCAUUGAGCCUAUAAAUGCAAUUAUAAACAACAGCAAGAACACUAACACAUACUUUUUCUAUUAAUAUUCAUUUAUUUGGAGCCCCGUUUUUUUUCGUUUUUCUCCACAAACACACUGAAAACAAAAAAAAAUUUAAAUAGAAACAAUAUCUUCUAUAUCAAAAGCGGCCCUCUAUCUCUGGCGUUCAGAACCAAAGAGAAGAAAAAGAUAAAAAAAGACAGAAAAAAAACUUAUGAAGACACAAUGGAGCUGUUAAUCAAUUGAAUUACUACGAUUAUUUAUUUUAUUUAUUUUGUUUGUACCGUAUAUUUCUAUAUAUUCAAUUCAGCAUUGAUACACAUCCAAGGGACGAAAAUUGAAGAAAAAGUUGAAACAACGUUACUACGUGUGUCAGACCCUCGAAAACCAUUUUCGAUCAAAUGCGACAAAGACAGAGACAACAAAACAAAACAAAAGUGAUUUUACUCGAUUGGUGUGUUUUUUUUUAUUUAAAUGUAUAAUAACAUUCGAUGUGCUACAUAGCGCAGCAUUGCGUGUGAGUUUUACAUUCACUAUACGACGUGUGUCAUUUUAUCAGCGGUUCAUUAAUUAUUGAAGCUACCCAUGAUAUACACUGUCAUGACGUUCAUGACUACGUCGACUACUUGCGUUGCCUGAUCUAAAUAUCCUCGUAUUGAUGUUUUGAAAUCGUUAAAAUUAUGUUGUGUCACAGUCCAAUGUGGGACAAAACGUGAAUUGAUUUAAUGUGAAUGAAAAGAAAGAUUAUUGUUCUUGUUUCUCCUUUUUCGACGUAUCUUUCUUCUUUUUCUUCUCUAUUUGCGACAUUUCAAAGAAGCAAAUGACAAAAAUCUAACAUUUUAUCUCUGUAGCUCAACGAGGCGAAAAAAAAGAAGAAAAAAAAUUUUUUAAAUCCUUCAUUUGCAUGAAUAAUUACGGAUGAGAGAAUUUCAAACAAAACGACAACGUAAUGCCAUUACAUUAAAUCCACACGAUGAGAUGUUGUUCGUUCGAGCGAUUAUUCAUUUCCUGGAAUGCGACAUUGCUCAUCUGAAUUCUAAAUUAUGCCGUUUUUUUUUCUAUCAUUAUCCGAUCUCUGUAUCAUUGUAAGGGAAAAUGAAAUAAAUGUUUACUUAAAUAAAACCAAAA